CAUUUCUUGUGAAAUUACAGACCCACCCAAGGAAAGCUAGCAGAAUCCGAGUAAUGCCUUCUGUCGUUUGUCACGUCCUCUCUGGUCGCCUACCCCGGUCUUCCAUCGGAAUGCAAACAUUUGGGAUAAAGCCCUGACAAGUCGAGGCCCUGCUCUACGCCAACGCGAACCGUUCCCCGUCCGCUCUCUUCCUGGAGGAGGUGUCAGCCGCCAGGAAGUGUUCUGGCGUGGAUUCCCCUUCCUGGUGCGCUCUCGGGCCAGUUCCCCGGGAAACGUGGGCUUUCUAUUGUUUUCCGCUCCUGGGUUCCGGGAGGUGGCGUCACCUGACUUUGUAGAAGAGCUGGAGUAAAAGGCCGAUCCCGGACGCGCCUGCCCCAUGGGAGUCCAGGGGCUCUGGAAGCUGCUGGAGUGCUCGGGGCGGCAGGUCAGCCCCGAGGCCCUGGAGGGGAAGGUCCUCGCUGUGGAUAUCAGCAUUUGGCUCAACCAGGCGCUUAAAGGAGCCCGGGAUCGCCAUGGGAACGCCAUAGAGAAUGCCCAUCUUCUCACUUUGUUUCAUCGGCUCUGCAAACUCUUAUUUUUUCGAAUUCGCCCUAUUUUUGUGUUCGAUGGGGAUGCUCCACUGUUGAAGAAGCAGACUUUGGCAAAAAGAAGGCAGAGGAAGGAUUUGGCCUCCAGUGACUCCAGAAAAACUACAGAGAAGCUUCUGAAAACGUUUUUGAAAAGACAGGCUAUCAAAACUGCCUUCAGUAGCAAAAGAAAUGAAGCACUACCCAGUCUUACACAAGUUCGAAGAGAGGAUGACAUCUACGUUUUGCCACCUUUACAAGAGGAAGAAAAACAUACUUCAGAAGAAGAAGAUGAAAAAGAGUGGCAAGAAAGAAUGGAUCAGAAACAAGCAUUACAGGAAGAGUUCUUCCAUAAUCCUCACUCAAUAGAUAUUGAGUCUGAGGACUUCACCAGCCUACCCCCGGAAGUAAAGCAUGAAAUCUUGACAGAUAUGAAAGAAUUUACCAAGCGGAGAAGAACAUUGUUUGAAGCAAUGCCAGAGGAGUCCAAUGACUUUUCACAGUACCAACUCAAAGGCUUGCUUAAAAAAAACUAUCUAAACCAGCACAUAGAAAAUGUCCAAAAAGAAAUGAAUCAACAGCACUCAGGACAGAUCCAGAGGCAGUAUGAAGAAGAAGGGGGUUUUCUGAAGGAGGUAGAAUCGAGGAGAGUGGUCUCUGAGGACACUUCACAUUACAUCUUGAUAAAAGGUUUUCAAGCUAAGAAAGUGGAAGAAGUGGGUUUGGAGUCUCUUCCUUCUUCCAGCAAAAUGCACAACAUUUCUUUUGACAUGAAGUCAUCUCCCUGUGAAAACCCAAAGCCAGAGAAAGAACCUGAUGCCACCCCUCCUUCUCCAAGAACGCUGCUAGCUCUGCAAGCCGCCAUGCUGGGCAGUAGCUCCGAAGAGGAGCCUGAGAGUGGAGCCCCAAAGCAGCACAGCAAGAGGGGUGCUGCGCCAGACCAAGGCUCCGUAUCACCACGGACCCUCUUGGCCAUUCAGAGAGCUCUUGAUGAUGACGAAAAUGUGGGAGUGAGUGCCGGGGACAGCAUGCCGGCAGGAGGGCCAGGAGUGAGGACGCUGCUUAGAGACAGCCCCGGCCAAGAGCAUGCUGAAGGGCCUAAAGUGAGAGAAGGGGGAGCAGGGCUGCUCACCACGGGCCCCCCUCCAGCCAACGUGCACUUCCUGGAGGAGCCUGGGGCCAGCCCUGGCAGUGGAGAGGAGCUGACAGACUCGGUUCAUUUGUUGAGCACUCUAGUUAGUCAAGGCAGUAAGUCUGACGUUCCAGAAGAACACAUGCCACUCACUCACACGGAGAAGGGAGUCUCUCAGAUGAACAGUGAGUCCACAGAUAAGGCCAGGAAGGGUCCUCUUCCACACAGUGACAGGCCCGGGCUCCCCCGGGGACAGGAACUGACACAGACACCUCCCACAAGCACAGCUUCUGAACCCAGGAGCGAAGCACAUGCUGAGGAGCUCGAGGUGCGGGCAGGUCCUGGCCCUUCCCAGAGUGGAUAUGAUUCUGCUUUGUCAAGCGAUGAUGAAAGAGAAGCUGGAGCAAGGCCCGCUGAGGUCACUGGCAUCAGCACUUUACAAGAAAGGAGGGACAUAGUAAGUGUCCCUUCAGAGGCAGUAGGUAACCUAGAAAAUGCCAUGCCCUUAAAUGCUGCAGAGCACGAGGAUAUCCCCCAAACCAUCCAGGAAUGCGAAAUAACUACACCCGCGGGCCAGGAGCGAGUGUCAGUCCUGCAUUCCUUGGAACCAGUGGAGAUGGAGUCUGAAGAAAGUGAAUCUGAUGGAAGCUUCAUUGAAGUGCAGAAUGUGACAAGUGAUGAUGAACUUGAAGCUUCCGAACCUCCCUCUGAACAAAGUGAAGAGGAGCCAAGAGGAACUGAGGAGGAAGAAGCCCCUGGUGGCACCCAGAGCCUCCUACAGGACAACUCAGAAGGCGAGGACUCUGAUACUGACCCACGCAAAAAAGCUGAAAAGGAAGCAGAAGACUCCCUGGAUGAAUGGCAAGAUAUCAACUUGGAGGAGCUGGAAACCCUGGAGAGCAACCUCUUAGCACAACAGAAUUCACUCAAAGCUCAGAAGCAGCAGCAAGAGCGGAUCGCUGCCACUGUGACGGGACAGAUGUUCCUGGAAAGCCAGGAGCUCCUGCGCCUGUUUGGCAUUCCCUACAUCGAGGCUCCCAUGGAGGCGGAGGCGCAGUGUGCCAUCCUGGACCUCACCGACCAGACUUCUGGAACCAUCACCGAUGAUAGUGACAUCUGGCUGUUUGGAGCACGGCAUGUCUAUAAGAACUUUUUCAAUAAAAACAAAUAUGUAGAAUAUUACCAAUAUGUGGACUUUCACAACCAAUUAGGAUUAGAUCGGAACAAAUUAAUAAACUUGGCCUAUUUGCUUGGAAGUGAUUACACUGAAGGAAUACCAACUGUAGGCUGUGUAACAGCCAUGGAGAUUCUCAAUGAAUUCCCUGGACGUGGCCUGGAACCUCUCCUAAAAUUCUCAGAGUGGUGGCAUGAAGCUCAAAAAAAUAAGAAGAUAAGACCCAAUCCUUAUGACACCAAAGUGAAGAAAAAACUACGGAAAUUGCAACUCACACCUGGUUUCCCUAACCCAGCGGUUGCGGAUGCUUACCUCAGACCUGUGGUGGAUGACUCAAAGGGCUCGUUUCUGUGGGGGAAACCGGAUCUUGACAAAAUUAGAGAAUUUUGUCAGCGGUAUUUUGGAUGGAACAGGACUAAAACGGAUGAAUCUCUAUUUCCGGUAUUAAAGCAACUGGAUGUCCAGCAGACUCAGCUCCGGAUUGAUUCUUUCUUUAGGCUGGCUCAGCAGGAGAGGCAAGAUGCUAAGCGCAUUAAGAGCCAGCGACUCCACAGGGCCGUGACGUGUAUGCUGAGGAAGGAAAGGGAAGCGGCCACCAGCCAGGUGGAGGGAGAGAGUGAGACGCUGGGCCAGGCCCCGGGCAGCGCCCCGAAGAGGAGCCUCGCCGAGGAACCGCAGGAGGCCUCGAGCCUGAAGAGGAGGAGGCUGUCCGAGUCUGGAGGCCCCCCUGAUGGAUGCGGUGGGUUUUUGGGGCUGAGCUGCCUCUCGGAGUCCGGUGCCUCUUCGGGUGAGGAGGCCGGAGCUUCGCCGCCGAGGAACGUGCGCAGGAGAGGAGCUGGGGCCAGGCGCGGGGUCGGGCCCCGCGCUCCCGUGCAGGCGGCCGGGGUGAGCACCAGCAGCUCCAGCGAGGACGAGGAGGACCGCGGCGGGAGCGCCAGGGCCGCCCUGGUGACGGCCAGGCCCGUGUUUGGGAGGAGAAAAGGGAAGGCGAGCCGUGCCAGGGGAAGAGCGAGGCAAACCUGAUUCAGAAUCUGCCUUCUCCUCCGCGGCCGUGAGGACACAGUGAAAUUAAAUGCGUUGGCACAGUCUUCUUCGUA